UGUGAUCAAAAACUUGCAAUCAAUUUGAAACAGUUCAGUUGGAAACUGCCUCCUCGAGCAUUACACUUGAAAAUAAUUUUAUCAGUAUCAUGAUGAGAAUGUAUGUCACUCAUUUUGUGAUUUGAUGCAUGGUAACAACGAAAAUUUUUGGUAGUUAUUCAAUAAUACUUGGGAGAAUUUUAAAUUGUUCGGUUGUGUAAUGGAUUAUUGAGAGUUUAAAAUAACUAAUAGAACAAAUUCACAUCAUGAAGAAACAUCAGUCUUAAUCUUCUCAACCAAACUUGGUUUUAUAAAUUUUAACUCAAGUUUGAAAGUGAUUUACUCUCUUUGAAAAGUUUUGGACUAAUUAUUCUCUGUUGUCUUCACCAAUGUUUGGCGGAAUGAAAUAUUUACAAAUUCUACUAUGUUUUGGCGUCUUCAAGCUAUCUCCUACAUCAGCAAGUGAUGGAAGUGAACGAUAUAGAUCCAGAAUUAAUAGUGAAACAGAGCAAAAUAUAAUCGACUCUCAUAGCCCCAUUGAAGAGGCUUCUUCAAAAAUCAGAAGCUUUCAUUUAUCACCAGCUAAUAAAAUUCUCGAAGACUCUGAAAAAAGUCCCGAAUUAGCCAACAAAAAUUUCAAAUGUCCCGAUAAUUCGAACAAUUAUUUCCCUGUUCCCAACGAUUGCAGGUCGUACUACAAAUGUGAGAGAGGAGUCAGCACUAAGAAAGAAUGCACCACCUUCCACCUUUUCGACGCAUAUAAGAAUCAAUGUUUGUUUUUCUUGUAUGCUGAAUGUUACCAAAGCAUUACAACAGCUGGUUAUUCAACCCCUGCAGCAAAUGAGAGUUCGAUUGUGACCACGACACCCAAACCAAGUCCCUUCAAGUGUAAUGCCAACCAAACUUUCAACUACCCUGACUUCAACAACUGCAAAAUGUAUUAUCAAUGUUAUCAUGGAAGUGUUUUUCAUCGCCAAUGUCCCAUCUUCCGAUACUUUGAUGGUAUCACUAGAUCUUGCAUGAUAUGGGGUGCUGUAUGUCAAGUUCAAAUGACUUCAGCCAAUAAUGAGAAAACAAUUGAUGCACAAGGGAGAAAUUUGGAAUCAAGCUUGAAUGAAGGUGAUAAAGAGCAAAAUCUGGAUCUACACAGAGAAAAAUCUCAACCACACUCAAUCCACAAGUUUCAUCCAAGUCGGAAGAUUUUGAGCAUAGAUUCUUAUGAGGAAAAACCUUCAUGUAAGCCGGGACAGUAUUACAAGAAACGAUACAAACCAAACUGCCGAAAAUACUAUCUAUGUGAUUAUGGAAGACUGAGUUUGGAAUCAUGUGCCUUUUUGUAUCGUUUUGAUGCAAUUCAGAGCAUAUGCCGUAUGUACUUUUUAGUGGACUGUAGCAUUGAUGGACCUACCACAACUACCACAGAGCCUGAGGUUACAACAGAUGAGGCCACGACCACAGAAAUAUCUGUAUCUCCUGAAUCCACAAGUGUAUGGACCUCCCACACUAGCUCUCGAAGUUCAUCUACAUCAAUUGAUCAAUCAUCCACUGGUGACUCAUUUUCGUCAGAAUCAUCAACAGAUGCUUAUUCCUCCACAUCAUAUUCUUCCCCAUCUUCAACAGAUGCUUAUUCCUCCACAUCAUAUUCUUCCCCAUCUUCAACAGAUGCUUAUUCCUCCACAUCAUAUUCUUCCCCAUCUUCAACAGAUGCUUAUUCCUCCACAUCAUAUUCUUCCCCAUCUUCAACAGAUGCUUAUUCCUCCACAUCAUAUUCUUCCCCAUCGUCUGAAUCUUCAACUUCAGAGAUAUCAUCUUCAUCCGCGGUAACAGAAGAAACUUCAUUUUUACCAUCAUCAACCACAGAAAUAUCGUCAACAGCAGAAUCAGAUGAAACUUCACUUUCAUCAUUCUCUACAGCAGAUUAUUCUUCCACAUCAGAAUCUUCUCCAUCUACUUCAACAGAAACUUCAGAUCUAACUUCCUCAACAGAAGAUUAUUCAUCUUCAGCAGAAACAUCAAUUUCAUCGACAGGGUUUUCUUCCCCCACAACAGAUUCUUCUUCUUCGUCAGAGUCAUCAACUUCAACAGAUGUUUCAUCAACUACAGAGACAUCGUCUUCUGUAGAUACAGAAGAAACUUCAGUUUCACCAUCUUCCACAUCUGAUUAUUCUUCUUCAUCAGAGUCAUCAACUACAUCAGAAGUUUCAUCAACUACAGAGACUUCCUCUUCCAUGGACACAGAAGAAACUUCAGUAUCAACCUCCACAACUGAUUCUUCUUCUUCAUCAGAGUUUUCAUCAACUACAUCAGAAGUUUCAUCAACUACAGAGACUUCAUCUUCCAUGGUCACAGAAGAAACUUCAGUAUCACCAUCCUCCACAGAUGAUUAUUCUUCUUCAUCAGAGUCAUCAACAUCAUCAGACUUUUCAUCAACUACAUCAGAAGUUCCAUCAACUACAGAGACUUCCUCUUCCAUGGGUACAGAAGAAACUUCAGAAUCAUCAUCCUCCACAUCUGAUUAUUCUUCAUCAGAGUCAUCAACAUCACCAGACUUUUCAUCAACUACUUCAGAAGUUUCAUCAACUACAGAGACAUCCUCUUCCAUGUACACAGAAGAAACUUCAUCAUCCUCAACAGGUUAUUCUUCUUCAUCAGAGUCAUCAACUACAUCAGAAGUUUCAUCAACUACAGAAACAUCCUCUUCCAUAGAAACGGAGGAAACUUCAGAUCCACCUUCCUCUACUACUGAUUAUCCAUCUUCCACAGCUGUUUCUUCAUCGACUUCAUCAGACUUAUCAACUACAGAAACAACCUCUUUCACAGAAACAACAGAGGGUUAUUCUACAUCAACUGACCAAAGCACAUCAGAAAGUACAGUGGAAAAUUCAUCUUUCUCUGAAAGUACAACAGAUGAGACUUCAACAACUGAGGAUGAAGACCUAUAAUGGCUGUACAUAGGAUACUUCCAGUAGGACAGCUUGUCUCCUUGCAGCUGACUCCACCGUCUAUGCCACGCCCCCAUUCCACAGAUGUCGUCGAACAUUGUGAGGAAACCACGAUGCACUAUGUCGAUUGUCAUCUCACAGUUCAUCUUCAGGUGAAUGGUACCUUCAAGAACACUCGUGUACGGCACCUAAACGAAAACGAAAUAAAUGUUUUAUUAAGAUUCAAUAAAUUCAACACAAUUUUUUGUCCAGUA